CCUUCGAGGAAUUUGGAGGGGAAACUUAGUAGCGAUUUGGAAUUCUUGGAAGAUGUUGCGAUAUUUUCAGUUGUUAUUGGUUAUUAUAUUUGUCGGCCUAAGCGCCGUGAGUUCACGGGACUCGAAAUCUUCUGACACCCCAGCGGACCGAGAGGGGAAACUACUAUCUUUGUUCCAAAUCGUGAGAUUUCCGAACGAGCCCUGCAUCGGCCAAGCCAGCAAGAACGGAACCUGUUACACGGCCGAUGAGUGCACCUCCAAGGGAGGAACCAAUGCAGGCACUUGUGCCCAAGGCUAUGGAGUCUGCUGUACCUUUACUGAAAGCUGUGGUGCCACCUCUAACGAAAAUUGCACCUACUUUGAGUCGUCCGGAGGGGAAAUUGGGGCCUGUCAGCUCAAGAUCUGUCCUUGUAGUGACAACAUCUGCCAGCUCCGUCUGGAUUUCAACCAAUUCAUGAUCACGGGCCCCUCCACGUCCACCGUGAUCGUCAGUGCUCAUAAGGGAGGCGUGAUUGGAGCCCCAGGAGCCACCAAACCCAUUUCUUUAGCCUCACGAUGUCUGACUGAUACCUUCUCCGUUCUCACCCCGUCUGGCCAAUCUCCGCCCUCAAUCUGCGGCAUCAACACGGGCGAACACAUGUAUGUGGACUCAAGUGCUACUUGCAACGACCUGGUUUUCCAAUUGGGAAACACGGCUCAAGGAACGGGCGUCGGACAACGCCAAUGGAGCAUCAAGUUCACCCAAUACAAUUGUGAUUAUCCCAAUUUGGCACCUGAUGGCUGCACGCAAUACUAUUUCGGAGCCAGUAUGGACACCGUUCAGACCUACAAUUUUGCAGGUGGACAGCAUUUGGCCAAUCAAGACCAAAACAUUUGUAUCAGGCGUGAACGGGGAAAUUGCCGGAUCUGUUACGCCACAGUCAUGGAAUCUGACUUCAUGACAUCGGGCAUGGCCACGAAAAUGGCGAUUGCAAAGCCAUCGUCUUGUUGUGGAUAUGGAACGGCGGGAACUGGCACCAACUUCGAUUGCGUCAUCAUUCCUGGAGCUUUGAACCCUGCCAUGUUGUCCAUGCAAGGCAUGUUCAGCCAAUUCUGUGGACGCUCGGCUGGAAUUCAAAACACAAUCUCGACUGUCGGCAGCAUGAUGUCCAAAACCAUCUGCACCGACCGACAGCCCUUCAAUAUUCGCUUCUUGUCCGACGCCUUUGAAGGAGACAUGGAAAUCUUGAUGGGAGUGAUGUCCGGAUUCAAGCUGACCUAUCUUCAAACUUCGAAUGGUUGCAAUAAUUAAUCAAACGGCCUGAAAAUUGAUCGCAAUCCAAAACCCAAUCAAUCGCUCAACUGACAUCAUCUCGUGCUAGGUUCCCAUCUUCCACCACUCGGGGACAAAAACCAACAUCAAUCGUAAUCUUCAAUUCUCAGUGGGAUUUUGCAAUCCCUUUAAUGAAGGUCAUUUACUUUACUUUAUCCACUGACUAUAUAAAUAAAACGAUUUGCUCGAUAAA